UAAAUUUAGCCCACCCCCCUCUCUCUCUCUCUCUCAAGCACCACCAUUAGAAUAGCCAUCAAUUUUUGUCAUGGGAGACGAUGAAAGGGUAGCGUUUUUUAACAGAAACAAAGCUUUCGCUCGUUGCGCUUCGCACGCGCACGAUGAAUUACACAGCUUCAGAUCAUGGUUGAAGUGGAUGUGUGUGGACCAAUCUAAUGCGUGGACGGCUUGUUUGUCAUGGUCUGUGUUCAUUGUCCUCGCAAUCGUUGUCCCAUGUCUAUCGCAUUUCGGGCUUGCUUGUAGCGAUUGCGAUAGCAAACACAGUAGGCCCUAUGAUGGGGUGGUUCAAUUAUCUCUCAGUAGCGUCGCUACCUUGUCUUUUGUUUGUCUCUCAAAGUUUAUCAGGACAUAUGGGCUUCGGAGGUUCUUGUUCUUUGAUAAGCUUUGUGACGAAAGCGAGACGGUUCGAAAGGGAUAUACAGAGCAGUUCAAUAGAUCACUGAAGAUCCUCUUCAUAUUUGUCCUACCUUGUUUUGCUGCUGAGAGUGCAUACAAGAUAUGGUGGUACAGCUCGGGUGCGACUAGCAUUCCUUUCUUGGGCAAUGUCAUCGUGAGUGACACCGUAGCUUGCAUUCUGGAACUGUGCUCUUGGCUUUAUCGGACUGUGGUUUUCUUCCUGGUGUGUGUUCUCUUCCGUCUCAUCUGCUGCCUUCAGAUCCUCCGGUUACAGGACUUUGCUCAGGUCUUCCAAAUGGACUCUGAUGUGGAGUCUGUCUUGAGAGAACACCUCAGGAUUAGGAGGCAUCUAAGAAUCAUAAGCCAUCGCUACCGUGUGUUCAUUUUGUGGGCUUUGAUAUUUAUCACAGCAAGUCAAUUCGCCUCUCUUCUCAUGACUACACGUUCCACCGCUGAAGUUAAUGUAUUUUAUGCUGGUGAACUUGCGCUCUGUUCUGUUAGUCUUCUUGCUGGAAUCUUGAUACUACUGCGGAGUGCAACGAGAAUCACCCACAAAGCACAGGCUGUGACAUGCCUUGCGGCGAAGUGGCAUGUGUGUGCAACAAUAGACUCCUUUGAUUCAACUGAAGCAGAAACUCCAACAACCAGGGUUGCCUGUGACCAAGUUUUUCCAGUGAGUACUGAAGGAUCGGAUGCUGAAGAUGUUGGUGAUGAAGAAGACGAGUUAGACAACACUAAACUAGUCCCAUCAUAUGCAUAUAGCACAAUCUCAUUCCAGAAAAGGCAAGCCUUAGUGACGUACUUUGAGAACAACAGAGCAGGAAUUACAGUGUAUGGAUUCAUGCUGGACAGGACUUCGCUUCACACCAUAUUCGGGAUAGAGUUAUCCCUUGUGCUUUGGCUGCUCGGCAAAACCAUCGGUUCUCUUUGAGAGACUGGCUUAUUCAAAUAUUCAAGAUUGUGUUGUUCCUUGUCCUGUGGAUGCUUAUUCUUUGGAGAAAACGAGCCGUGGAGAGAGAGGGGGGGGGGGGGGGGAGUGAUUGCCUAGCUAAAGCCAUAGACCGAGAAAGAGAGAAACGACGGCCGGUGAGCAUGUACAGUACCAUAUAUUGGAUUUGAGUUAGUAAUUUGUCAUUGUAUUCUUCUUUCAUUCUUUUUCUUCUUCUAGUUUCUUGUUGCCUUCCGUCUUGGUUUGGCAUUUUGAAUGACUUGGUAUGCCUUUCUUAUGGAGGUUGUAUUUCUAUUGCCCUCUCCUUCUUCCGCGCGGGUGGGUGGGAAGAAGGGUUCUCUGUCUAUUGUUAUGUUGAUCUUUUUUUCUAAGU